GUUUAUUCAUCGUCAAGCUCCACCACUCUCACUUGCCUGAUCCAUCAGCUUAUUCAGGCUCACUUGAGUUGUUCACACCUGCUUGCUGCGCCUUCAUCUCUUCCCGACUCACUUGGAACACCAAGAAUCAGUGAGGAGUACUACAGGUGAAAUUAAGGCAUCAAUGACUCGAGUCCAGCAAACAUAAAUAAGUUGGUCCGUACACACCCCGAAACAUCGACUUGAUCUUGAAGGCCUUCUCUUCUAGUUUCUUGAUCAACGUCGCAAGCAUGUCCUCUUCUUGGUUCCGCAGCAAACUUCAAAAGGUCGAGAGUCGACUGGACUCUUUGACAAAGACAUCCACAAGCGGAGGCGCACCGGCGGUGCAACCAGCACAAACCGGCAAGACAGGAACACCGACACCUCAGAACCAAACUCUCCUCCAAGCCUUUGAAUGGCACACGCCCGGCGACCACUGGAACCGUCUCGCAGAGGUCGUACAAACACUGUGUGACCUCGGCAUCACUUCACUAUGGCUCCCGCCUGGCUGUAAGGCCAACUCACCCCAGGGGAACGGGUACGACUGCUACGAUCUCUGGGACCUCGGCGAAUUUGACCAGAAGUGGACACGCGCAACAAAAUGGGGAUCCAGAGAAGAGCUAGACGAAAUGAUGGCCAAGGCAAAGAGCUUGGGAGUCAAGGUCAUCUGGGACGCUGUUCUGAACCACAAGACUGCGGGAGACGCCAAAGAGGAGUGCUGGGCCGUUGAGGUCGAUCGUGGAGACCACAGAAUCCAGACAUGCGCCCCCAAGAAGAUCGAACCCUGGAUCCACUACUACUUCCCUGGUCGCGGAGACCGCUACAGCAGCUUGAAGUGGCACUGGCAGCAUUUCAAUGGCACCGACUGGGACCAGCGCACCGAGAAGAACGCCGUCUACAAGAUUGUCGAUGCACCAGAGACACUUCCGCGCCCUGGUGCCCCCGUGGACCCCAACUGGCGCAAGAAGGACUGGGCUACCGACGUGGACGACUGCAUGGGCAACGGAGACUAUCUCAUGUUUUCCAACGUCGACUACACCAACGCCGAAGUCAGAGAAGACGUCCAGAAUUGGGGCGAUUGGAUGGUGAGCGAGAUUGGCGUCGAUGGCUUCAGACUGGACGCCGUGCCUCACUUCAGCUGGAUGUUCACCCAUGAAUGGAUCCGCAUCGCAAAGGAGGCUGCCAAGCGCCAGCACCGCGAUCUCUUCAUCAUGGGCGAGUUCUAUAGCGGGAAUGUUUCCAAGAUCCUCCAGUGGAUGGACAGGAUGGGACAGGGCGUCUACGCUUACGACAUCCCGCUUCUGGGCAACUUUGCCAAAAUCUCAAUGGCAAAGAGCAAGCUCGACGUCGACUUGAGAAAGGUCUUUAAGAACGCCUUGAUCCAGCACCGACCCAACAAUGCAGUCACUCUCGUAACCAGCCAUGACACUCAGCCAGGUCAAACCGUUGAGACUCCCGUCGCACCCUACUUCAAACCUCUAGCAUACGCAAUCAUGCUGUUGCGCCGUGAAGGCCUGCCCUGCGUCUUCUGGGGCGAUGUCUACGGAAUCAAGGGUCCCCACCCCGCCUCGGCAGCCUGCGAAGGCAAAUUGCCCACUCUUGUCCUCAGCCGCAAACUCUUUGCUUACGGUGAGCAAACCGACUAUCUCGAGAGUAGAACUUCGAUUGGUUGGGUUCGCCACGGUACCUGGGACAGAGCCGAUGGCUGCGCUGUUAUCAUGAGCAUCGGAAAUGCUGCUAAGAGCAGCAUGUUCGUUGGUCCCGCUAAAGUUGGUCAGACUUGGACUGAUGUGCUCGGAAAUUCUGGUCACACUGUCACCAUCGACGAGAGAGGCUAUGGUGUCUUCAAGUGUGCUGACAAGAGCGUCAGCGUCUACGUGCGCGAGGAUGCCCCCAGCAGAGCAGACUUUGGAGCAUGCCAUCCUGAAAAGUUCGUCAUCUAACGAUGGGACGCCUCAGCAGAUACAUCAAGUGGCAACUGUCACUCGGAGCGAAUGACGACACAGACCUGAAAGCAGGGCGCUGGCAUUCUUGUAUUAUAGUCCCUAUAAUCCGACCAUUUGAGGGUUGAGAUGCAGAUCCGAAUGGGAGAUCAAGCAGAAUAUGUAUAUUAGCUAAUGACGAAUGAACCAUCUGAAAUC